AUGGUAAAGGAGCCGACGGUCGCCCUCCAUUUGGCAAAAUCAAGCCCCUCCUGGUUGGAUCCCAUCACAAAUUUCCUGGAACAUGGCAAACUACCUGACGAUGAGAGAGCAGCCAAAAUGUUGAGGAGAGAGGCAGCCAAAUAUGCAAUCAUACAGGGACAAGUGUUCAGAAAGGGGCUCAGCCAACCCCUAUUGAAGUGCUUGCACCCCGACCAGACGGACUACGUACUUAAGGAAGUCCAUGAGGGAUGCUGCGGCCACCACAUCGGGGGCAUAAAGCAGAAGUUCUCCUCGGUAGAGCAUCCUCAGACAAAUGGACAAGUAGAGUCCGCAAACAAAGUCAUUUUGCUAGGCCUCAAAAGACGGCUAGACAACGAAAAGGGGGCAUGGGCCGACGAACUUGCCUCCGUUCUAUGGUCCUACCGCACAACCGAGCAAAGCUCCACAGGCAAAACCACCUUUCGCCUGACAUACGGAGUUGAUACAGUGAUACCAGUGGAGGUUGGCGAGCUGAGUCCACGGUUACUUCUGAAAGGGGUAGAAGAGGCGGUUGAGAAGGACUUAGUGGAUGAGGCCAGGGAAAGUGCUCACUUGUCGGAAGUAGCACUGAAACAAAGGAUGGCGCUGCGCUACAACACUAAAGUGCUCAGAAGGGAGUUUGAAGAGAAUGACCUCGUCUUGCAACACAACGACAUUGGACUACCGACACCAGGUGAAGGAAAGCUGGCAGCAAACUGGGAAGGCCCCUACAGGGUCAAAGAAGUGCUUGGCAAAGGCGCCUACAAGUUGGAGAGACUCGACGACAAAGAAAUUCCAAGAACAUGGAAUGCAGGUAACCUAAGGAGGUUCUAUUCAUAG